UGCAUCUUUAUAUUUCGACAGUGAAAGGCUCUGAAACCAAAGGCAUGAUUAAAUCUAAGGGUUCGAGGAACAAUUCUUCAGAUGUCGUCAGUUUGCCAUUUCCCCCUGAGCUUCUGCAUUCUGGGAAUCAUUUGCAGUGUUUCUAGGGCCUGGUAUGUUAACAUGCCGGGUAACAUCAAAGGGCUGUUGGGUUCCUGCCUCGUCAUCCCAUGCAGUUUUGGCUACUAUGAGUAUCCUCCAAUCAGACCAGAUCGAGUGGUUUGGUACCAGUAUCACAGCACAAACUAUCCCCUGGUUUGUGACGACUGGUAUACACAUUCGGUCAUUGCGGCCUUUAGUGGAAAAACACGUGUAAUUCCAUCCAACAGAGGAUGCACACUUGAGAUUUCCAAAGUGACUCGGUCACACCACAGUCAGAAGAUUUACCCCUGGGUGGAUCCGGAGAACGUUGGAAGAAGCACAUAUCGGUUCUUUGAUAAAACUGUAACAAUUGAAGUAGUGGACAGGGCAGACAAACCAGUCAUCAUGAUCUAUGGAAGCAGGAAGGUUGGACAGUCAGUGACAGUGCAAUGCACCGUUUAUCACACAUGUUCUUCCAAUCCACCCACUCUGAGUCUCAGCAUCCCUCUGAAAAACCCGCAUCUUUCUCAUAAGUCAACCCAGGAUGGCACUUCCAUUACUACUUUGACCGCCACACUGAACAUAGUGAGUGACCUUCAGACUGUGGAUUGCACUGUCCGUCAUCCCGGGGGCCUGACAGCUACAGCCUCUAUAAUCUUAAAUGCAGACUGCACCUUUUCACCACUGACUAUCCAGUCUACAUCACAAGAGUUUAAUGAGGGACAGCCAAGUAAAGUAACCUGCACAGCCUCAUACACAUGCCGAAAACAUUCCCCAACUAUCACCUGGAACUACGGAAACAUGCCUACAUCGACUGACACCAGCAAUAGUGGAAUAGCUCAGUGGAGGACCGUGUCCACGCUGACAUUCACAGCAUCAUCUAAUGACCAGGGAAGAUCUCUUACAUGUUAUGCAAGAUUUCAAGAGGGACAACGGCAGGAAUCAAGCAUUACCCUGCGUGUGAAGAGAAACAUGCUCUCUCGAGGUUGGUCCUUCAUUACCCCUGAAAGGAUCACAGGCAUGAAGGGCUCCUGCAUCAUCAUUCCCUGCAGCUUCACAUACAGUGUCUCCCAGCCUGCUAACCUCAGAGUAAUUUGGUACUUGUUCCAGAGCACUGGAAACCCACCUAUGUUUGACCAAAGACAAAAUGUUAUCAGUAGGUAUAGUGGGAUAACCAGCAUGAUUGGAUCUGUAAUGGAGGGGAAUUGUAGUCUGAAGAUUGAGAGGUUGGAGAUGUCACACAACAAGGACAGACUUUACCCGUGGAUAGAUCCGAACCCUAUCACCUCUUACAACACCCAAGGGUUCUCAUUUUAUGAUAAAACCUCUGAAAUUAUUGUUUCGGAUAGUCCGGAGAUACCACAAGUGAACAUGAUCGGUAUUCCUCGAGUAGGAGCGCAGAGCAGAGUGUCCUGCAGUGCUCGCCACACGUGCAUCUCUGCCUCGCCUGAACUCACUCUACACGGCAUAUCUGGAAGUGAUGUCCUGUUGGACACUCAGGUGUCUGAUGGUGUUUGGGAAAGGAAGCUGGAGCGAACCUGGAAUGUGAAAGAAGAGGACCAGAGUGUGAAGUGUACUGUUAAGCACCCUAGCGGUCAGGAAGCAACAAGUGAACUCCAACUGAAUGUUGAAUGUCCGUACGACAACAUUGCAAUGGUUGAGCGUCCGGGCACUGUGAUGGAGGGUGUGGCACAGAGUGUCAUAUGCUCUGUCUCCUACAAGUGCAAGAAAAAUGCACCAACCAUUCUGUGGAACUACAAAGACAUGCAGAGUUUGUUGCAGACAUAUAAGAUCUCUAGCGACACCUACAAAAUGGUGUCAAAUCUAACCUUCAUUGGCUCUCCAAGGGAUGACAACAGCUCUUUGACCUGCACUGCUCACUUUGGUAGUGGUGAUACUUCAGACUCGGCUACCCUUCAUAUAAAAAAAUAUGAGAGACCAAAAGAAAUGAAUCUAGAUGAAGAUGGCUCAUUCCGUGUUCUGCCAGGUGAAGUCCCUUUCAGUUUUAACGCCCUGACCCGCUCCUGUGUGGUGAUUCCCUGCAGCUUCCAGACCCAGAGCUCUGUGCAUUUCACACGUGGUAUCUGGCGCAAAUUUAAAGGGGGUUUUGUGUACCAUAACGGCCGCAGCAAUGUGCUGGACCAUUUCAAGGACCGCACCAGAUUAAUAGGGGAUCUGAGUAAUGGGGACUGCUCUUUGGAGAUUGAUGACAUCAAGCCCUUUGACAACGGGCCCUUCUGUUUCUAUGCAGAGGAAGAAAAAAACAAAUACAGAUUCAAAAACAGCUGUGUAUUUGUUGUCAUGAAAGCUUCCCCAGAGACACCUGUCAUGACCACAGUUCCAGUAGAAGUCGAUGCCGGCUCAGAGAUUACUGUCUCAUGUUCUGUGACGCAUACAUGUCCAUCACAUCCUCCUGUGUUCUCGUGGAGCGUCCCCAACAUGACGAGUAAGGUCACGCACUCUGAGAAACAGUUGGGCAUCUGGGAGACAACCUCCACCAUCACCUUCAGGGCUGUAGGAGGAGACGGGGUCCAGAGCCUAAGGUGUAUGGCAAAGUCCUGGCGUGACAAGCAACAGGCCAGCACAGUGGAGUUAACCGUGACGGGAUCCCUGAUGUACCAAUUGAGAAGCUCUCUCCCUGUAAUGAUUCCAGUCUCAGUCCUGGUCCUGAUUGUCAUUAUUCUGGCUGCAGUGUUUGGAGUUGUCAUCCGGAGGAGAAGGGGGCACUCUGGUGACUCGCUGAGACCACCACCUCGACCAGAGAAAAGGAGAUCACUGUGGGAUAGAUUAUCCAGGAGACACCAUGAAGACAGGGAGAAACCACCAAGACCAGAGAAACGGAGAUCCAUUUGGAGCCGAUUUUCCCGGAGAGAUGAGGAUGAACGCGUCGGGUGGCUUAAUGGGGCAAACCCCAGGAGGUCAAUUUGGAGCAGAUUUUCAAGACAAGCAGACACUUCGAACCUCAGGGUUGGCUUUAUAAACAACAAAACCACUGCAAACGUUGACACUCCAGUCUUCAAACAACGCUGUCCAUCCCCGAAAGGUGGCCAGAAAACUUCUCGCUCUGUCGUAUAUGAAGUUGAGGGUUAGAACCACUCAGCAGACCCCAGGGCCCGGCUGAAAUUAUAUCAAUGCCUGAAGUAGUGCUAACGCUUUGAGUGACAGCUGAGUAUUGCUAGCUAUCUGCUUGAUCUCACCCAGAUGCUACAUAAAUUGAUUUGCAUUUAAACUUUUGUAGUUCAUUUAAAGAACAUUAAUCAUGUCAUUUAACAAAAUGUUUGCAUUUCAUUCUUAACAGAGCUAUACAUGUGCUUUCUAUGGUUUUACUUCAGUUGUUUGGUUUUGGUGUCAUGCAUUCAAAGUAAUUCGGAAGUUACUGUUUUCUCCCUGAACAUCUGCACGGAAGAACUUGUCAACAAGUCUAAGAAUAAACAACUGCUGUCUUUCAGGGAAAAAAACAGGAACCACAGAUAUCAGACUGUGGCUUUAAGAAAUGCUCUUUCAAACACAAUCACAUGAAAAGGGUCAAUUUAGGUCACAGAAAAGUCUAUCACAUUUAUUCUCGUGGGAUGUAACUGUAUUAUGAACUUUCUCACAUGCUGAAAAAAUGAAAUUCAUUGAAUUAAAGUAUUAAACCUCCCCA